GAGAGAGAGAGAGACGCCCAUCUGGCUGUGUAAUAACGCGCUCUGACAGAUAAACAAUGAGGAAGGAGUCGCUGCGGUUGAGGAAAUCGUGCACAUGUUGGAGGAUUUAAAUCAACAGCAUUUGUCGAGGAGCAGGAAGCAGGGAGGGCUGACUCGUUUCAGGAGGACCGAGCUGCAGAAUGCAACCUAACCUUUAUGGCACAAACGGCACCAGACGAGGACUUUUGCUUAAAAAGCGACAGAAAGAGAGGAGGGGAGAGGAAGAAAAACACAAACCUGUCUGAUAUAUAAUUGUUUUUUUUUCUCCCUUUUCUGCAAAGACAAGAGGCUUUUGUGGCUGCGAAAGAGAGGACGUUUCGUAAUGACAGAAAACUGAAAGGCAGGAAGGAUUUUUUUUUCUUUUUUUCAAACCUCCGUCUGCAGCUUGUCGUUUUCCUGCUUGGUGGAGUGUUAGUUUUUUUUUUUUUUUUUCUUGGUUUGACUCAUGAUUUUGGAGAGGAGAGGGGGGGUUAUUGCUGGGACUUUUUGUGUGUGUAUCCAAACAGAAGGAGGUGGGGGAAGAAGAGAGGAGCAGCGGCAGGAUCAGCGUGUUGUUUCUUUUCUUUUUGUCUUUUUUUCUCUCUCUCUCGGAGCGGAUCGUCUGCGGCGCGUUUGAUUCAGGAGCAACAGAGGGAUCCGAUCUUCCUGUUUGUGUGUGAGAGAGAGUGUGUGUGUGUGAGUGUGUGUGUGUGUGAGCCCAGACCGCCUCACAUUGUGUGUGAGGCUGUGGCAGAAAAGAAAAGGCGGCUAUAAAUAGCGCGUGCGAUUCUCGAAAAACUAUCACAAGUGGCGCAUCAGCGUCGUGGAGCGCGCGGAAUCACACAUCCCGCGCGCAACGUUUCCACCUUUAUUUUGUCGCGCAGAGGAUUACUUGUUUUCCCUCGUUGGAUUUAUUGUGAUUUAAAUCAUAACAAUAAGAAUAAACUACGCGCCGGAGAUCCUGUGUGGAUCCACGGGUCCAGCUGGGAUCAGAUCUGGAGUCGCCUGACCUGGAUUGGAACACUCGUGCUGGUGAUCCGGAUUUAAAACACCAUCAACAAAAACCAGUUUGGAUUGUUUAUCGGAUCACUUCUUCUUUAUAAGCCCUCCUUCUAUAAAGCCCGAGACUCCUGACCGAUUUGUGCCCACCCACCUUUUUUUUUUUUUUAAUUAUUAUUAUUUUUAAAUAAGAUACCGACGUAGGAUUACGACAUGCCCUGCGCUGGCGACCCCAAAGGCGGACGAUUAUGACUGCAACGGCGAAUUGGGUGGCUAACGGGGCAAGCCUUGAGGACUGCCACUCCAACAUCUUCUCUCUGGCGGAGUUGAAUGGCAUUAAAUGGCGUUGCUACAGUUUCAGCGGCGGUGGAGAGUACGGCCCGGUGAUCUCGGCCCCGGCUCAAGAUGACCCGGUCCUGCGCAGCUUCAUGCGCUGCGUGCAGGCCAACCUGCUCUGCGUAUGGCGACGCAAAAUCAAGCCUGAUGCCAAGCAGUUGUGGAUCUUCUGGUGGGGCGAGGAGCCCAACCUCUCCGACGUCAUUCACCACGAGCUGGAAGUGGCCGAGGAAGGGUUUUGGGAGUGUGGCUUGUCCUAUGAGUGCAGGACUCUCCUGUUCAAGGCCAUUCACAACCUGCUGGAAAGAUGUUUGAUGGAUAAAGGGUUCGUGAGAAUCGGGAAGUGGUUCUUCAAGCCACAAGACUUGGAAGGAAAAACUUUGGGCAACAGUGAACAUCUAUCAUGUUCCUUCUCCUUCUUCCUCCAUGGGGAGAGUAACGUGUGCACAAGUGUGGAGAUCGCCCAGCACCAGCCUGCGUACCACAUCACAGAGCAGCACAUCCGACUCGCACAGACCUCUGCCACACCGGUGCAGGUGGUCCUGAGUCCGUACGGACUGAGUGGCACUCUGACGGGUCAGGCCUACAAAAUGAGUGAUCCCGCAGCUCGGAAGCUGAUGGAGGACUGGAGCUACUUUUAUCCCAUGGUGCUUCCGCAGAAGGAAGGAAGUGGUGAGAAGGACCAAAAGGAAGCGGGUCAUGCUUUUGAUCGCGGCGCUCAUGUGGCAGUGGACGUCAUCGUAGGUGGCGUUAGCAUGACCUACCCAGCUGCUUUUGUGUUGAUUGCCCAGGCGGACCUACCGGUGGAGCAGCCUCCACUUGCUCCUGCAGUUCAGGGUCCCAACAAGGAGCUGAACAACUGCAGUGUGCCUCUAACUCCACCGACGUCACCAGAACAGCCAUGCUCUGCAGACAGUGGCUUUGUGACUUCGGCCUCGAAUGCCCCAACACCAGACAGCAGCAUGGGGAUCACCAGCAUCAGCCCAAAGCAUUCUGGGAAAAAGCUGACCUCCCAGGUGGUUCAUCAGGCUUGGAAGGAGUGCUAUCUAAACCAGUCCCAGCACACACCAAAUCAGCAAACUGAUGGGACGCCAACAAAGGAAGUGCCAAAUGGAGUUAACAUGUGGAACUUUAAUGAUCUGGGGACUAGAGCAUCAUGCAGCUGCUCCAGGUUAAAGCAGCAAAAGGUCAGUAUGUCUGCGACGUCCACUGCCAACCCUCAGACUUGUGCCAGCUCUGCACUGUCGUCUGGCUCGUCGUUGUACCCUACCUCCUCCCUGCCCAAACACAAGACAAGUGACAAGGCAGAAAAGGCUGACAAGCAGUCCAAGAGGCCAGCUGUGUUUCCCUUUCACCAUCGUUUGUCGGCCACGCAGGAGACCCCCCUGGAACAGGACCCUCCUGGCGGGGCUCAGCUCGGCAGCCUUGUGGCACUUGAGCCACCGGUGGAGCCUCUGGCUUCUCUGCCAAGCUGCAAGUAUUCCAAGCCCCUCGCCAACAGCAGAAAACCCCCCGAAUCUCUGCUUCAUUCGCCCAUGUCGCCACUUCCACCCACUCUCAGCCCGCAUCCUCGGAUACAGGAUCCGGAGGUUCUAGAAGUCCCUGUGGAUAUGCCUGUGUGUCCAGAUGGGGCUUCAGGGCUGGGGAUGAUUACCAGUGAGACCGCUGUGUAUACAACACUGCUGAGGCAGAGGGAGAACGGGCUUGGCUGGUGGAGAGGUUUCAGGACUCCCAGGACUAACAAGACAGACUUCCGAACCCCUGAACUUCCUACAGAUAAACUAGAGGACAUGAAGACCGAGACAACGACUGAUGGAGCUUUGUUUAAGAGACUUUACACUCAGACCCACAAGAGAUUUAAAAUCUCGGAAGAGAGAAUGAAGGAACACAUCCACACUUUAGGAUUGUUCGAGCAACCGGAGGCGGAGCCGCUACGAGAAAACGGGGAUGAUCCAUACGACUUCAAGGAAGGGGACAUUGAGUACCCUUUUCCAUCUUCCAAGAGGUUAAAGAGUUCUGGGCGAGAACCCAGCAAGAAAGCCAAGGGAGAAGAAAUCACAAGCAAUGGUUCCCUGCCUGAUGGAAAAGAUGCAAUGUCCAUUUUUAACUCUGCUCCUAAAUCAGAUGACUCAAGUCAGGAUGAUGCCGCCGCCAAAACUAAUCCUUCUCUGACCAGAGAGAAAGAUCUGGUCGUCAACAUCUCUGAUCUGGACAACAUAUUUGAUGAAGAUGAGGAAGAGUUGGGGACUGUUUACCCAAACCAACAGUCAACCAAACUACUGGUGUCAACAGAGGAUCGUCCUAUUGGAAAAGAAGGAAGAGUCAGUGUACCUUACCCAACAACAGUAGCAGAUCUCCAGAUAAUGUUCCCCACCCCUCCUUCUCUGGAGCCGCACCCUGUUUUCUCUCCCAUCACGCCAUACCGUGACACCCCGAGUCAAGAGCCCCCUGCACCCAGUGGGGUGUUUGACCACCUGCCGUCCCUGGCCUCCACCCAUCUCAGUGACAGCAGAAUGGAGAUGGAGGAAGGUGCGGUCAGUCCCAGGCAGGAUGACAUCAAGCCACAGAUGGGCUCGUCCAUGUUUGCUCCACUAUCUUGUCUUCCCAGCCAGAAUCUACCACCGCUCAAAAUUCCAGAUCAGUGUCACUAUCGUCCAUCCUGGGCCCUCCUGCCCAAAAUGGAGCAUUUUAUGACAAUCAUGCAUCCACAGAAUCCUGCUUUCAACAAGGAUGGAUACACGAACAACACCCUCACAGACCAGGACUAUGGCCAAAUGAGUGCAACCACUGCCUCUGUGAGCACCACUACUGGCAUCCUGCCAUCUCCUGCCACACCACGUUUUUCGGUGCCCACCCCGCGAACUCCUCGCACACCCAGGGGGAUUAAUACUGCAAGUUCAGGACAAGGUUCGGUGAAGCAGGACGGCACGGAGCUCAGCUCGCCGGUCUCCACUCCCUCCACCAGCCUGCCUCUGAGCUCUGUGGAGCCUCUCGCUCGGCCUGGACCCUCUCUGCCCGAGGCCCACAGCCUGUACCUGGUCCUUCUGCUCUCAGACUCGGUCCUCAGUGUUUUCAAGGACCGCAACUUUGACAGCUGCUGCAUCUGCGCGUGCAACAUGAACGUCAAAGGGGCUGACGUGGGCGUGUACAUCCCGGAUUUCACUUGCGAGGAUCAGUACCGCUGCAUGUGCGGCUUCAGCGCCAUCGUGAACAGGCGGCUAGCGCACGGCACGGGCCUCUUUCUGGAGGACGAGCUGGAUAUAUUCGGGCGAACGUCUGAAGUAGGCCAGGCAGCUGAGAGGAGGCUUGCUCUGUGCCGCCGGGAGCCAACCGUGGGGGACUCCAGGGCCAAGCAACUGCAGGGUGUGAGCUCGGCCUCCUCGUCAGUCAUGACUGUGCUGCAGGAGCAGUGUUCUCAGCCUAUUUCCUCUUUGGCUUCACUUCAUCUCCCCCAAAAUUCCUCCUGUCGUGGGCGCAAGGGGGCACUCCUUCAGAGCUGGAUGUCAGAAAAGCAGUGGGCAGAUGGGAGUGAUGCUUGUGUGGACUGUUACAAUGCUUUGGAGCAGAGCUUACAGUAUGUGGAUAACCCCACGGGAGGGAAAGUUGACCUGGCUGUUGUCAGAAGUAGUGCUUUUCAUUCUUGGCCUCACACUAAUGUGGUGGAGAUGAGCAGGCUGUCGUCGCAGGAUAUGGUUCGGAUGCUGCUGUCUCUGCAGCCUUUCCUGCAGGACGCCAUCCAGAAAAAGAGGACAGGACGGACCUGGGACAACAUCCAGCACGUUCAAGGUCCGCUCACCUGGCAGCAGUUCCACAAAAUGGCUGGACGUGGUUCCUAUGGUUCGGAGGAGUCACCAGAACCGCUGCCCAUUCCAACAGUAUUGCUGGGCUAUGACCGAGAGCGGGACUUCUUGGCGCUGUCCCCUUUGGCAUUACCUUUCUGGGAGAAAUUACUCCUAGAACCUUAUGGAGGGCAGAGGGAUGUAGCUUAUGUUGUGGUGUGUCCAAAUAGCACCUCUCUGCUUGCGGCAGCCAGGGCCUUUUUCCAGGAGCUCAGUGCUGUCUAUGAGACAUGUCGUCUUGGGAAACACCGCCCAUUGUCUAAAGUUUCCAAGGAUGGUUUUGUGCGUGUUGGGGAGGAAGUGGAGCCAGAGAAGCUGGAGGAGCUGGACAUGGAUCAGUGGAUGACAGGACCAUGGGCUGGACAGCAACACACUGACAACAUCAGCAAACUUAAACUCUAUGCUUAUGCCUUCAAGCAGCAGUUAGGCCCUCAGCUCUCAACUUUGACGAUGGACAGCAGUCUUUUGUUGCCUCCUAAGGCUCAGCUUCCUUUGAACAACACAUCUUCUUCUGGGCAACCUCAAUCUCAAACCUGGACUGCUGAUGGAGAACAAGCUUCAGGUACAGCAAAUGCUUCUACCCCAAGUGGAGCCACCUCUGGCCAGACGGGGGAGGCGAACCAAGGCGGAUCCACGGAAUCGAAAGGGCCUCAGAGUUCCACACCACCAGCGAACACACCAGCAGAAAACACCGAACUCUCCUCGGAGCAGUCAAGAAUUGGCAUCCCCACUGUGGCUGACUCAGCGGACGGCCUCGCAAACCCACCAGCAAUUGUUAUUUACAUCGUGGACGCUUUUAUCACUUCGUGCGGGCAGAGAAAUGAAACGGGAGAAGAAGAUGAGGGAGAAGAGGUAGAGUCAGGCAGCAUUUGGUUGCUUGGGCUUCUUCGCUGCUACACAGAGAUGCUGCAGAAUUUACCUGAAGCGAUGAGGCCUGCGCUGGUCCUACAGGUGGUGCCUUGCCAGUAUCUUCUCCAACCAGCAAGUGGAGAAAACCAUUUGUAUCUGCAACACCUGCGCUCCCUGGCCUUCUCUUGUUAUUCCCAAAGCAGACGACUGCUACCCCAGCAAACACAUAUCAAGUCCCUCACUGGCUUUGGCCCAGUAUCCACUGUCACUUCAGUACUUAAGGGUCCAGAGUUUCCCACCCCUCUACAGCUGUAUUCUCCCCCAUUUAUCCUUGGGCUGACCCGAGCCAAGCAGCCAGAGCCAGGAGAGAUAUGGGCUGAGCCCCCUCCCAAAUACAACGUGCUUUUUGUAGGGUACUGCCUGUCCCACGACCAGCGCUGGAUCCUGGUGUCCUGCACUGACCAACAAGGGGAGCUCCUGGAGACCUGCAUCAUCAACAUCGAUGUGCCCAACAGAUCCAGACGUCCCAAAGUAUCUGCUAGGAAGAUGGGACUACAGAAACUAUGGGAGUGGUGCAUCGGCAUCAUUCAAAUGACCUCACUACCGUGGAGGAUUGUCAUUGGUCGAUUAGGCAGGCUGGGUCACGGGGAGUUAAAAGACUGGACGUCUCUCCUUGGCGAGCACUCGCUCCAGUCUAUAGGACGCCAGCUGAGGGAGGCGUGCCGUAUGUGUGGGAUCUCAGCUGCUGACUCUCCCAGCAUCCUCAGUGCCUGUCUGGUAGCCAUGGAGCCGCAGGGCUCCUUUGUGGUCAUGCCAGACGCAGUGACCAUGGGGUCUGUGUUUGGACGCAGCACUGCUCUGAACCUGCAGACGUCGCAGCUGAACACGCCUCAGGAUGCUUCCUGCACACACAUCCUAGUCUUCCCAACCUCUGCUACGACCCAGCUGGCACCCAGCUCCUACCCCACAGAGGACAACAACGAUGACAUGUUUGAUCUCCCCUUCCCUGAUGAGCUGGAGAAUGAUAUUGGCCAUGACAUGAUGCUGAUAACCAACCUUCACCCCUCCCCCAACCCUUCUCCUGUGCCCUCGCCUGGAUCACCGUCUGGGAUGGGAAUGGGAUCACAUUUCCACCAUACAAGGAGCCAGGGAGAGCGCUUGCUGUCCAGGGACAACCCCCCGGAGGAGCUGAAACAGCAGCCACUUGCUCUGGGCUACUACGUCUCCACGGCACAAACAACCGGACUGCCUCACUGGUUCUGGGCCUCCUGCCCACAAGCCGAGAACCAGUGCCCACUCUUCCUCAAGGCUUCUCUCCAUCAUCACAUCUCCAUCGCACAGUCAGAAGAGAUCACAUCUGAUAAGAAUAAAAGGACCCCUCACCCUUUAGACUCAAAGACCACCUCCGAUGUGCUAAGGUUUGUGUUGGAGCAGUACAACGCCCUGUCCUGGCUGACGUGCACGCCCGCCACACAGGAUCGCCAGUCAUGCCUGCCUGUCCACUUGGCGGUGCUGAUCCAGAUGUACAACGCCAUCCUGAACAUGCUUUAGCCCGCUGGACUGAUAAUAACCCACGUUUUGUUUGGGUUGUUGUUGUUUUUUUCCUUCCCCUGUGCCUCUUUCUGACCACCAGGGAGCACCAGAGCUCUUCGGUUGUUCUGAGUGGAUUUCAUGGCCAAAAUACACGACAGAGCGAGUCAGACCGCAACGAACCAGGAGAGUGAUGUUGGACAACUGUGAAGGCCCGGUUCAGUGUGUACUUUUAAUACUGAGUCAGUGCCUGUCGCGGUGCGUGGAAGAGGGGAAACAUAUGGAUCCACAACUGCAGCCAUGAGAGUACUAUCAUGUCCAUGAUGGGCUUUUUUUAAUCGAAGCAUCGGAGGACGACAUGAACAAAGAAGUUUUGAGAAAAAGGAACUUCUAACCAGCAAAGCGUUGUGUCGACACAAAUACGCAGCUUUAUUGCAGCAAGGAUGUUUCUACGUUUUUGUACUUGAACUGCACUGUUACAUUCUCUGGACUUUAAGCUGGUACCGAAACUUUUCUUUUUUCCUGAGGGGGAAACAGUCGCUAAAAGGCACUUUUUGCCUCACCUUCCUAAGUGUUGUCGUUAACACACCUUGGAAAACACUCAGUGAGGAAAGAUUUGUUAUUUAUAAUGAAAGGCAUACAUUUACAAAGAAUUGAGACUUAUUUUUAAUAUUUAAAACAAAACAAAAAAAAAAACAAAGUUUUUUUCCCCCAGCUAUCAGUUAAUUGUCAUGGGAUUAAAAAACAUUUUUUGUCAAUUUAAUGCAAUUGUAAAAAUGCCAUAUUUAUACAGAUUAUAUCAUGUCUUAAAAUUUGAUAUAUAUGAAUAUAAAUAUAUAUAUAUAUAAAUAAAUGUAUAUACAAAAAUAUGUAUUACCUCUUCUACGCAGGCACUUAUCGAUAAAGGAGGGUGGACACAUGAUGCAUUUUUGUUCCUUUUUAAAUUCUAUUCACACAGAAUUUCUGUUUUUUACUUUUUUAUUUAACAAGUUUAUAAUUUAAAUUGAUGCAAGAGAUGUGGUAUGCUGUAUAUUUAUAACAUAUUCAUUUCAUGCCCAUAAUAACUUGGAAAAGACAAU